UCUUAUAGAAUUUACUGAAGAACUAUACAUAAAUGACUGGAUACAUGAUGCUUGUUUUUUAAAUGAAAACGACAUUAUUGAAGAUCAAGUAGCAAUCAUUUCUGCACAUAAUAAUUUUACUGUGUGGAAUAUUAAGGAAAGAAAGCAAAUAAAAAAUGUCCAAUGCAUAGAAAAUUGCAUUUUAUACACAGGCAGCAUAUUUAAUUGCAAUGCUGAUGCAAUUAUUUUAGCAGUUGGAACUGUUUUUCAGAAAAUUCUUUUAUGGUCUCCUAACUGUGAUAAUGAAGUUAAAGGUGCAAAAGUACCAUUUCAUUCACUAGAAGGACAUCAGGGUGUUAUAUUUUCUGUCACCUUUAGUGAAAUUCAUAAAUUAAUUUGUUCAACUUCUGAUGAUCGCAGUCUUAGAAUAUGGAAAGUUCAGUGUGAUUCAUCUGUUAAAGACUUUUCUCUGGAAUUUUGGAAGAAGUCGAACAUUUUUAUUGUUCAAAUUCUUUUUUCACAUGAAUCUAGAGUAUGGACAUCUGCUAUUUUAAGAAACUGCAUUUUAAGUGUUGGAGAGGAUUCAUGUAUAUGUUUCUGGAGUUUGAAUGGCAAACUUAUAAAAAAGAAAAGAUGUCAUAAAGGUGGAAGUAUUUGGUGCCUCGAAACUACUGCAAUUUCUGUUAAUAACGUUCAAGAGAAUGAUGGAGGUUUGGGAAAUUACAUUGCUUUUACUGGAGGAAGUGAUGGUGGAGUGUAUUUGCACUCUAUAGGAAGUAUUUCUACAGCUUUAAUUUCACAAACAUCUCUUCAUACAAGACCCUCAGAACUAGAUUUCCCAAGAAUAACUUUUCUCUUAGUGGAUGAUGAAACCGAAUAUAUAAUGUGCACUACAGACAAAGGAUGGUUGUCACAGUACAAUCUAAAAACCAUGAGUUGGAAAGACAUUUUCCAUGAUAAAUCGAAUGCUUCAUAUUGUGUUUCAUCAAUAUCUUAUAAAAGUGCCUAUAUAGCUUUAGGCAAUAUGCAUGGAUAUUUGUUUCUGUCAAAAUAUGAAAGAGCAGGCAUUGAUUUAAAAAAAUUUAAAGUGUGUGAGAGUAAAAUUUGUUCUAUUCAUUGGGUGGAUAAGUCAAAUGAUCAUUUUCUGACGUGUGGAAUUCAAGGGUAUAUGAUUCUGUGGAAAGUUCAGUUUGGAGAUGAAUUAUCAAUAGAAUGCCUUCAAAAGUUACAUCUUCCUAAAUGCAAGCCUCAUUGGUGGUCAACAGCUGCUUUGUUUUUGGAAUCUGACAACUGUUUCAUUGUUGGUGACAGGGGAGGAAAUAUACAUAUCUAUGCCCUACAUGUCGGCUGUUAUUCUAAUAAUUUGGGAAAUCCAAUAAUGACAUUCAGCUGUAUUCAUGGCGAAAAUGGAGUUACUGAUAUUCAAGAGCAUAAUUCUUUAGUCUAUUCAUCAGGUCGAGAUGCUCGAGUUCUUGUAUAUUGUAUUUCAAAUGGUUAUUUGAAACUGCUUCGCUGUUUGAAAGGACCUUAUAAUUUAGAAUGGAUUGGUAAGAUGCUGUUUUAUGGUGAUGACCUUCUGCUACUUGGAUUUUACACUAAAUAUUUUAUGGUAUGGAGCACUCAGCUUGAAAGUGCCAUUAUGACAGUUGAGUGUGGAGGUGGUCAUCGUUCUUGGGAUUUUCACCUCAGCAGUGAAGGAAAAGCCACAUUUGUUGCCAUUAAAAAGAAGGAUAUUAUAUUCUCAGUUGAAGAUCUACAUUUUGCACUUAACAAUUCUAUAUUAAAACUGGGCAUCUCAGGGCAGAAGUUUUGUAACAUGUGUUUCUUGUUUAACUCAAGAUCACAUUCUUGUGGUAACUUGUCUGUUGUGGCAUCUGGAGGGGAAGAUAAUAUACUACAAAUACUUGGCUUUUAUAAUGGAACUAGCAAAUCAUCAAAAAUUGUUUGUUUGCACAAUCUAUCUGGUCAUUUGUCUAGCAUUCGAACAAUAAAGAAAACUGAAAUGAAGGAAAAAAAUGCUUAUCUUCUUGUAUCUGCAGGUGGUAGAGCUCAAAUUAUGUUGUGGAAGAUUAGAAAUGAUGAUAAUUUAAGCUGUAAAGAAUUAGCUACAUUCAUUUUAUCAUUUGAGGAAAAAAAGGGAAAAAAGCGAUGUAAAGAAAAGCAAGAAAUUGAAUUUGAUCCUCAAACAAGACUUAUGGAUGUUUCAUUGUGUUGUCCUCAAUCCUCAUAUGAAUUUGAAAAGUACUUAAUAGCUGCAGCUUGCUCAGACAGUUAUUUUAGGGUUUAUACAUUUGAUGUCCAUAUCAAAGAGUUGUCAAUUUGUUACAGUGUACAGCUUGGAGAGCAUUGUAUUUUUACAUUAUCAGAAAUCAGAAUUACUGAAGCAUCUAAUGAUAAUCUUUUGUUUGUCACCGGAGCAGCUGAUGGAAAAGUUAAAAUCAUGAAUCACCAAAAUUAUAUCCAUUUAUAUGAUAAUCAAAAUCAGAUACAAAAUUUAGUGUCAAAGUCUGAUGAAGUUUUUCAUCUAACCUUGCAUCAGUCUGGUAUCAAUGCUAUAGAUCUAAAGCAGAUAACAGAAAAUACUUGGUUUAUAUGUUGUGGAGGGGAUGAUAAUGCUCUGUCUGCUGUUUUGAUACAAUUUAAUGAGAUUUCUGGUGAUGAUCCCUCAAUUCAAGUUAUUGCUGAAACUCGUGUUUGCAAUGCUCAUUCUUCACAAAUAACUGGUAUUAAAAUUAUUGGUAACAGAGCAGUUGCAUCAGUUUCCAUAGAUCAAAGAUUAAAUUUAUGGUCUUGGAAUUUUUCAAAUAACUCUUUGAGUAUUACACAAGAACUUUCAAAAUUGUCUUUGAUACCUGAUAUUGCACAUUUGGAAUGUUGGCAAAUUGGAUCUACAAAUCAUUUCACAUUAGUCGUUUGUGGACAAGAAGAUGAAUGUGAUAGUGAGUUCUGGAAUGCUGUUAGAUCUAUUGAAGCAAGUCAGUCAAUUAGAGAUGUCACUCUUUUCUUUGCUGCUGAUUAUUUGGUAAUUUCUUGAAUGUGAAAAACAAUUCCAAAUUAGUCACAGUAUUCCAGAGAUUAUAUACUAUGAACUCUUCUGACAGAAUUGACGAGCAACUUCCACAACUGCUACAUCCGUGGUUGCAGGAUCACUUGGUAAGACAGUAUCUGCUAAUACUGUGUGUCAAAUGCUUUAUAUGAAGGGACUGUAUACCUAUUACCAAGUGUUUCACUAACAGCCCACUACAGAUGGACAAGAUCAAAGUAGUGUCAUCAACAUCCCAUUUGGACUGUCUCGGAUUUGUGCAACAUCCUGUUUAUGAAUAAGUCUAUAUUUGCCUUGGAAUUCAGUUAUAAGCAUGUAAGGGCAUAGAGAGAAAGAGGCACAUGGAAUAUUCCCCAGAACUUCAUCAAACAUAACAAAUUCAGAGGUGUCAGCAUCAUCAUAUGGGUUGGAAUUUCAAUGAGAUAUCGCAUGUAGCUGCAGAUCUUUGAAGAUGGUUCUGUAACAAUGGUAAAUUUACCUAAUACAUAUACAUUGAUAGCUGUUUUUAUUUUGUCUAUAAAUUAUAAGGGUUGGAUAAAAAAGUAGUGACAUCAUCUCAGCAGUUCUGAAAUAAUGUUAUUAUUGCAAGUCCAAACUCAUACAGUUUACCAAAGUAUUGAAAAGGCCAUUUGGGAUGGUUGUUCACUUCAUUCAAUGAGGCAAUAAAUCAUAAUAAAGUUUGGGUAAAGUCAUCAUAUACCUGUCAUCAUUUACCUUAAGUAGUCAUAUACCUGAUUGAUGUUAAGUUUUGUUUGGUUAGUUUUAACUAAAAAUAUCAAUUUGUCAGCUGCCCAAAUGCAACAUCAUGAUGUAAUUUACAAAAAUUUAAUAUUGUUUUGCUCUUCAUACAUAAUGCUUGUUUUCUUUCAUGCAUAAACUUAUUUGCUACCUUCAUGUGCAAUUUGGUUUUAAUAAAAAUUUUA